AUGUCCAAAAGAGCAGCCGAACCCACCAGCGGCGAGUCCAAGCGCCUCAACGACUCGUUCACCAAGGAGGACAUUGCCUCGUUUUUUGGGCCUCAAGUGUGGUCAUCGGAGUUCCAGUCCAAGCUCCAGAACGACAUCAAGACCAGCCAGCCAUUCAGAUGGGGCACCAUUCCCGAGUUGAUGGACGACACCUUGCUCAGACAGGUCAGAAAGGAGGUGUUGAGUGAAAUCGCCUUCACAAAGAAAGAAACCGACAUCUACAAGGUGUUCCAGUCUGGAGACUUGGCUAACUUGUCUGGAUUGGACUGGGACGACUUGUCGAGAUUGCCCUCCCUCUACAAGCUCCGAGCUGCUAUCUACUCCGAGCAGUUCAGAGACGUGGUGUCGACCAUCACGGGAUGUGGCAAGUUGAGUGGAGUCAAGACAGAUAUGUCCAUCAACACCUACACAAAAGGUUGCCAUUUGUUGACCCAUGACGACGUGAUUGGCUCCAGAAGAGUCAGCUUCAUUCUCUACCUCCCCGACCCCGACAGAUCCUGGAAGGCCCUGUACGGAGGUGCUCUCCGCUUGUUUCCAGCCAUCGUGCCCAACGUGCCCAAAACCGACUACGAAUGCAAACUCGUGCCACAAUUCAACCAGAUCGCCUUGUUCACAGUGCAGCCAGGUCUCUCGUUCCACGACGUGGAGGAGGUCAGAGCAGACAAGCAACGGUUGUCGAUCCAAGGGUGGUUCCACAUUCCACAACCAGGCGAGGAAGGAUUCAUUCCUGGAGAGCAGGAAGAGACUGAGGCUAGGUCCACCUUGCAACAAUUGCAGAGCAAAGAAUUACAGGAGUACGACUUCCCCAAGCCGUUCAGAACCGACAUCCCUAGUGAAGAAUUGAAGGCAUACGAGCGGGAGUUCUCCGAGUUCUCUCAGGACGAGUUGGAGUAUCUUGGGACGUACCUUAACCCUUCAUUGCUCCAGAAGAACAACAUCGACCAGAUGAACAAGCUCUUCUUGGACGAUUCUGUGGUCGAAAUCCGAGAGUUUUUGAAUGACGAGUAUGCCACCAUUCUUCGGGAGUUGGCCAGAAACACAGAAUUGGACACCAAGGCGCCAGCAAAUUCGCUGGAAAUCGAACUGCCCUGGAAGUGUGCCAUGCCACCCCACAAGCAGCGGUUCAUGUACAUAGACGGAAAAGCAGGCUUCGAGUACACCGAAAACGGGAUCAAGAACUAUAACAAUGUGGGAGCCCAAGAGGGACCAAACUUCGGGUUGGUGGCGGGUACUGUGGCUCCGGAAAGUGUUGAGCACAAGCUCAUCGGGUUGGCAUCGUUCAUACGGUCCAUUGCGUUCAAGAAAUGGCUCAAGUUGAUCACCAGCUUGAUUCUCACCAGCGAGCAGGUAUUGGUCAGAAGAUUCCGUCCUGGCCAGGACUUCAUCUUAGCUACCACCACCGACAAGCAGCUUGCACGGAAUGAGGACGAGUUGAAUGUAUUGCUUGAAGCCACCUUGAACCUUACACCUAGUGCCACCAAUCCCAAGAACUGGGAAUCGGGAGAGUUUGGGGGCUACGAGUUGUGCAUGGCGUUGAACGGAGGCAACGACGAGGACUUUGAAGAGGACGACGAUCCUGCCAUCUACAAGGCCAACGACCCCAACGACGACAGCGUGUUGUUCACCAGCCAGUGCAAGUGGAACUCGCUCACGUUAAUGUUGCGAGACCCCUCGGUGUUGAAGUUUGUCAAGUACGUGAGUGUCAAUGCCAAGGGGUCGCGGUGGGACAUCAGCUGCCAGUGGAACGUUAAGGGAGGCGACGACGACGAUGACGAGUAA